GUUCAAGGUACAGCAAGCUGCAUGCACUAUCAACUACCCUCGUCUAUCCUGGUCGUUGGCUUUUAAGUCGGAUGCUUGUGUGUACCAGGCUCGUCGGACCGCUCAGGCGUCUUCCACUACGUAUAUCUCUGGUUUCUAAGCCUGUUCAUUGCUCUACCCACUUGCUUCAACAAGCGUCGAUUCGCUGUGGUCUUGCACUGGUGCCAACUCAAAGGCGGAUCUUCACCCAACCGUCAAACAGCAUGGAUCUCAAAUCCUCUUCUUUUACCAAUGCCGUGGUGUCAGCCAUGAGAUCAUUGUAUCCCGAGGAACUCGCAGAUAGAGCUUGGGACAACGUUGGUCUGCUGUUGGAAAACACCGAAGAUGCUGGAUCAGCACCUGUGGUUCUCUUGACCAACGAUGUGACUGCUGCUGUUGUAGACGAGGCUAUUGCCAAGAAUGCUUCAGUUAUCAUCAGCUAUCACCCGCCAAUUUUUAGAGGGCUCAAGUCAAUCACCCUUAAAGACCCUCAACAACAGCUCCUCCUUCAGCUUGUCAAGCAUAACAUUGCUGUCUAUAGCCCCCAUACAGCCGUGGACGCCACGCCAGGGGGUCUCAACGAUUGGUUGGCAGAUCUGGUUUCGGCCGCUGCAAGUGACUUCCCUCAGGUCAAGGUUGAACGCACAAAUGCCAAGCCUGUGACGUCGGCAAUCCCUGCAGGGUUCGAGGGUGCUGGAUACGGGCGCGUGUGCAAGUUCAGUGAACCCGUCCCCUGGCACAGGGUGGUGAACGCAGUGGCACAAAAGCUGGGCCAGAGAUACGUCUCUCUUGCGACACCGCGUGGUUUCCCCAAGGGCACGCCGCGAGGCGACCACGCCAGCACCCCGAGUGUGACAUCGGUAGCUGUCUGCGCGGGAUCAGGGGCGGAUGUUCUCGCCGGCUGCGGAGCCGACAUGCUGAUCACUGGCGAAAUGAGCCAUCACGCAGCCCUGCACGCGACGAUGCGAGGGCAGAUAGUUAUGACGGUGUUCCACAGCAACUCGGAGAGGAGGUUUCUGCGCGAUGUGAUGCAAGGCAAGCUUUCCGAGGCGAUAAAAGCACACUUCUCGCAAGAUGCAAGUGUGCUUGUGAGCGAAGCAGACAGCGAUCCGUUUGAGGUCUGGGACCUCAACAGCGUAUAA